UUAGUUUACAAAACAAACCACCACCAAAACCCCCAAACCUGUGUCUUCUCUGGCCCUCGAGAAGCCGCCCUGCUUGCAUUCCUCGGAUUCGAUGUCAGUGUGCUGUCAUGUUGAAUCGUUCCUUAAUUACCUCUCCAGGGGGGGCACAGUCGGGCUUUACGUAGCAUGUGUUUCCUGAAGCUCAUCUUUCUUGCGAGGUCACUUGUUGCUCCAGCAGGGUUGUUUCCCGGUGAAAGAGACAGGGGGCGAAUCUGUCAGACAACCUACCAAUUGGGCUGAUGUGAAUGUUCCAGUCGCUUCUAACAGGAGUUAAUACCUGUUGGAAAUGGAUUCUCAUUGGCUGGGGCGAUUGAAGAUCAACAGACCAGUAUGGCUGCCACUGCUGCUGUCAGUCCCAGUGAAUACCUGCAGCCUGCUGCCUCCACUGCCCAGGACUCCCAGCCAUCACCCUUAGCCCUCCUUGCUGCAACAUGUAGCAAAAUUGGUCCCCCUGCAGUAGAAGCUGCUGUAACACCUCCUGCACCCCCCCAACCCACACCACGGAAACUUGUUCCCAUCAAACCUGCCCCCCUUCCCCUCAGCCCAGGCAAGAACAGUUUUGGGAUCUUAUCCUCGAAAGGGAACAUACUCCAAGUCCAAGGUUCACAACUGGGCACAUCCUAUCCAGGCGGUCAACUCGUGUUUGCUAUCCAGAACCCUACGAUGAUCAACAAAGGGGCCCGGUCCAGUGCCAACAUUCAAUACCAAGCAGUUCCUCAGAUUCAAGCAGGCAAUGGACAGACCAUCCAAGUCCAGCCUAACCUCACCAACCAGAUCCAGAUCAUCCCUGGCACCAACCAAGCCAUAAUCACUCCCUCCCCAUCCAGCCACAAGCCUGUCCCAAUCAAGCCCGCCCCCAUCCAGAAGGCUGGCUCUGCAGCACCUCUGCAGAGCCCAGGUGGUGUGGUGAAGCUGACGGGUAGCGGUGGCAAUGUGACCCUCACUCUGCCUGUCAACAACCUAGUGAGCACUCCGGACACGGGCACCCCAACCCAGCUGCUCACUGAGAGCACCACUACCCCGCUGGUCAAGCCAAAUAAGAAGAUGAGGAAAAAAGGUCUCCCGGCCUCCUCACAGCCGGCUGUGGCAGUAGCUGAACAAGUGGAGACCGUGCUGAUUGAGACGACAGCGGACAACAUCAUCCAGGCAGGGAACAACCUCCUCAUUGUGCAGAGUCCUGGAGGGGGCCAGCCUGCCAUGGUACAGCAGGUGCAAGUGGUUCCCCCUAAGGCAGAGCAGCAGCAAGUGGUGCAGAUUCCCCAACAAGCCCUUCGUGUGGUGCAGGCAGCCUCAGCUACACUCCCCACUGUCCCCCAGAAGCCCUCCCAAGACUUUCAGAUCCAAACGUCUGACCCAACACCAACUCAGAUCUAUAUCAGAAUGCCUUCAGGGGAGCUGCAGACAGUCCUCCUACAAGAACCCCCUUCAGUGACGGUGCCUGCUGCCUCCACCACAUCUUGUAGUAGUCCUGUAACCCGAGGCCCCCACUUGGGAGGCACCAGUAAAAAGCACUCUAUUGCUGCUUCUCGAAAGGAACGGCCCCUGCCAAAGAUUGCUCCUGCUGGAGGCAUCAUCAGCCUGAAUGCAGCCCAGCUGGCAGCAGCUGCCCAAGCUAUGCAGACCAUUAAUAUCAAUGGUGUCCAGGUCCAGGGUGUGCCUGUCACUAUCACCAACACUGGAGGGCAGCAGCAGCUCACUGUACAGAAUGUUUCUGGGAACAAUCUGACUAUCAGUGGCCUGAGCCCUACACAGAUUCAGCUGCAGAUGGAGCAGGCACUGGCCGGAGAGGUGCAACCAGGGGAGAAGAGGCGGCGCAUGGCUUGUACUUGCCCCAACUGCAAGGACGGGGAGAAAAGGUCUGGAGAGCAGGGUAAAAAGAAGCAUGUGUGCCAUAUCCCUGACUGCGGAAAGACCUUCCGAAAGACAUCACUGCUGCGUGCCCAUGUGCGCCUGCACACCGGAGAGCGGCCCUUCGUCUGUAACUGGGUCUAUUGUGGCAAGAGGUUUACACGUAGUGAUGAACUCCAGCGGCAUGCCCGGACCCACACAGGUGAUAAGCGUUUCGAGUGUGCUCAGUGUCAGAAGCGCUUCAUGAGGAGUGACCACCUAACCAAGCAUUACAAGACCCAUCUGGUCACAAAGAAUUUGUAAAGCCUACAGCAGUUGGAGGCCCUGCAGAUUCAACUCCAAUUCAGCCUGGUGCCCCCAGAGUCAGAGGCACCAUGGCUGACUCCUUGCCCCCUUAUUCCCUGACUGUGGCCCUGCAGAGAGGGGCUUCAAUAACCAUGUUUCCUCCUUCCUAAGCCAUUUGGCUGCCACAACAGCCCCUCUUCCCUCCACCAUAAGUCCUGGCCCAGAUCCUGGACAUUGGCCAUGUACAAUGAGACGUUCUAAACCAGGACGAGUGGGAACCUUUAUUUCCAAAGGAAAAACAUGAAUUUCACUCCGUCGAGGAGCCAAGUGAGUCCCCUUCCUUUCUCCUCCCCCAUCCCAUAGCACUGAUGUGGCCCAGGGCAGGGGAACCAGAAAGGAGAUGCAUCCCCUUGUGCCACCCCCUCUCUUGUGGGCCUGUCAUACCCUACUCCCACCUGAGGGCAGCAUGGCAGCAACAUAGCAAACACUUGGGACCCAGUCCCAGAGCCCCCAUCCAAGGGCCACCCACAGAGGAAGUGGGAAGGACACCUGCCUCCCCUCCCCCCCAAAACAAAACACUUUCUUCCAGCACAUUCCAACUUUAUAUUUUAAAAGUAUAUAUAACCACAGACUCCUUCUGAUCUUCCCUGUUUUUCUAUGAAGAACGUUGCCUUAUACUCUACUUCAGAUAAUGAACACUGUGUAUUGUGUGCGCUUUUAAAUAAUUUUAUUUAAUUGCUUCCUUCUUCCUUUCCUUAUCUUUCCCCUUCCCCCAUUCCUCUUUUUCAGUUUGGGGUUGGGAUUUUGUUUUUUGGACAAUGAUGAACAGAAAAACUUUUUUUUUUCCCCUCUCCAAAGACUUUUCACUUCUAAAUAACGUAAAAUUUCAGUUUGAAUCCGGAAUUUGAUUUUUUUUUAAAGAACCUUCACACACACACACAAACAUAUUGUCCCUCUCCCCUUUUUUCUCAUCCCAUACCCCCACUCAGAUCCCAUUUGUGUAUAGUGUAUAUUGUAUAAUAGACAAUAUUGUGUCUACUACAUGUUUAAAAACAUAUUGCUUGUUAUUUUUGAGGCUUUUAAAUUAAAACAAAAAUCCACUUUAUUUUUAGUUGUAACUGCUUGAGGUAUGUUUUUUGAAUUAAGUGACAGAUUUGUUAUCCUUUAUUAACAAUGUACUUUGUUGGUCAGCACAGAGCUGACAAAGAAUUUUUUCUUGCUAAUAAAUUUAGUUGCCUGAGGCAAAGUCA